AUGGAGAUUUUAUUGAGCGAACUGAGGAAAAUGAGUGCCAAUCAACUCGCGUCUACUUUGGAAGUCUCGACUGCGAUUGCCAACACGAAUUUGGAGAGAUACAAAGUUUGGGAAAAGCAAACGGAAUACCCGUGCGGGUUCGCUUUUGAUGGCCCAGCUUACAAAGGAUUAUCGUGCUCUUCGUUGAACGAGAAAGAGCUGAAUUAUUUACAGACUCAUUUGCGGAUCGUCGAUCCUUUGUACGGUUUAUUGAAACCGUUAGAUUUGAUAAAACAAUACAGGCUGGAGAUGAAGACGAAAGGGUUGAAAGCAACCAAAGAUACGAAAGGCGGGUUAGCUGCGUUUUGGUCGAAAGAAAUGACCGAGAGCUUGAUUAGAGAUUUGGACGAGCAAGAACGAACGAGUAGUAGCAAAAGUAGCGAUAGUAAAAAAGAGCAGCGUUUUAUUCUCAACGUGGCCUCUCAGGAGUAUUCAAAGGUUCUGGACAGAAAGUUGCUCGAAGAGAACAACGUGGAAGUUUUCGACAUGGUCAUCGAAGGUUCGACGUUCGACGCCAAGUUUGGUCGAGGCUGUGCCGCGCGAUAUUGCGCGAAAGUAAAUGCAAAAACCAGGGAUGAUUUGAAGAACUUCACUGGGAGUGAUUUGGACGGAAGCAAAACGUGGAAACUGAACGAGAAAUCCGCCAAGACCGUGGAAGGAAAAUCCAUGUGCUUUUCCUUUUCGAAGAACGAAUCAGGAGGUCCGGCGCUCAAGAAGCAAAAGAAGUAA